AAAAAACGAUUGCAUUUUAUCACGAUUCUUUACUAUCUGUAUAUGUUUUCCUUGUUGCAGAACUGUGAUAUAAGUAGAAACUCGAAGGUUGAUAACAUUGCUAAGCUGUAAAAACUUUUUGACUGGAAUCCUUGGGGGUUUUAUCUAGCUCAUUUUCGGAGUUUUGAGUUAGUUGAUUUAGUUAACACUGGUUUAGAGGUUUAAUUUGCUGCUUAUCAAUUCAUGGAUGCUGGAGAGUUAGAUUUCUUAAAGAAUAUGGAGCAUCAAUUAUUGAGCAGUUGUGCAAUGGAGAGUUUUUUCGAUGAUAUGCUUGAUGAUACCCAUAUACGUACUCGUACGAAUACUUCCAACCAAUCUGAACAAGAUAUGUCGCAAAAUCCCGAACUACCUCAUUCACCAAAUUAUAGCCAUUUCCUCAUGACUCAAAAGCCUCCCGCCGAAGAGAAAACUACUACUGAGGAUACAGAUGAAUCUGUUGACAAAAAAUUCAAAAAGCGGCCGCAUGGUAAUAGAGAAUCGGUUCGUAAGUAUCGCGAGAGAAAGAAAGCUCGGCAAGCUUCAAUAGAGGACGAGCUUAUCCGAUUGAGAAUUGUAAAUCAGCAGUUGUUAAAGAGGUUGCAAGGGCUAGUUGCUCUUGAGCAAGAGGUAGAAAGGUUUAAGUGUCUACUUGUGGAAAUUAGGGGAAGGAUUAAAGGAGAACUUGGAUCGUUUCCUUUUCAGAAACCCGCAAACGGUAUUGGUUUCAUUCCUCAAAAAAUGCCCCGGCCUACUACCUUAGUUGGAGCUCAGUGCGACAAUCAAUACCCUGGAUUGGACAACAAUUUAGGAUUUCAGGAGUUUAUAGAGUUUGGAAAACCAAAUGUGAAGUUAGCUACUAAUUUGAAUACUUCCACUGCAGCCAAGAAGCGAACAGGAAAGAGCUUAAACAAAUGUUUGAAUAUACAGCAAAGUUGAAAAGGUGUUUGAUCAUCCAAUUGGUUUACUGUCGAUGUUACUUCUUUGUUAUUUUCAUUGUAAUGUAGAUAAUGCAUCAAACUAAAGCUAUUUACGUUUCAGAAAACAUAAAUGUAUCAUCCUCUUUAAUCCGUUUGUU